CGUUUUUAGAUAUUUUCUUUUUUCUUCCUUGAAAUAUUAUAAACAACAUCCAUCCCCAGAUGGAAAAUUUGACCACUUUUUUAUUCGUUUCUUCUUUUUCAAUUAUUUAUUUUUUUCUGGGGUGGCUUUAUUUAUUGAUUUCACAAGGCAUGAUGAUUGGGGCCAAAGCCAAAAUCGUUGAAGACUUUCUUGUAACUUCAACAAGCCAAAGCAAACGUGGUUUGUUGUGGGAUGGUGAUGGUUGUUGUUGUUGUGUUGUGGUGGUGGAGGUAGUGAAUAAAGGAUCAAGGGAAGAAGAAGAAGAAGCACCAUGGGAGCUUGUGUUUCAGCUCCACAAAGGUGUGUUGGAGGGAGAUUGAGCUCUUCUUCAAAGAGGAAUAAGCAACAAAGAAAGAGGAGUAGAAGGAGUGGUGGUGAUGGAAUUAGAAGAAGAGUUUCUUCUAAAUUGUACAAGGGAUCAUCAUCAUUGGAUAAUAACGUUCUUGACCUUCCACCACCAACUAGUUCCUUUGCCAACCCCACUUUCCAAGGUGGAAGUAUUGAGGAGGCAUGGUUUGAUUCAAAUGUGGUAUUCGACUCCGACUGCGACGACGAUUACCAGAGUGUUCCUGAUGAUUUGUUAUCUUUGAAUGGAAAUGAUGCCAACCAUAGAGUUUCAACUGCAAGUAUCUCUGAGGCUGCAAGAACUUCAGACGUUCAACGUUUUUCUAGUGUAGAUGCAACUGAUCAUCAAAGUAAAUCCGAUGGAAACAUAGUCGAUGCGAACGAACCUGUGUUCGUGGAUGAAAUUUCCUCGGUGGAUGCAAACUCCAACAAGGAAGAAGGGAUUUUGGACAAUUGUGGAAUCCUUCCAAACAAUUGUUUGCCGUGUCUAGCUUCUACCGUGCCUUCUAUCGAGAAACGAAGAUCUUCGAGUUCUAGUCCUCCUAGUGCAAGGAAGAAGGCUCCUAUGAAACUCUCCUUUAAAUGGAAGGAAGGACAUGGAAAUGCUACUCUAUUGUCGACAAAGACUCUUCUACAAAGACCAAUUGCAGGAUCUCAAGUACCCUUUUGUCCAAUCGAUAAGAAAAUGCUUGAUUGUUGGUCACACAUUGAUCCAAGCACUUUUAAAGUUCGGGGAGUAAACUAUUUUAAGGACAAGAAGAAGGACUUUGCUCCAAACUAUUCUGCAUAUUACCCGUUUGGCGUAGACGUAUUCUUAUCGCCACGGAAGGUGGACCAUAUAGCUCGAUUUGUGGAACUUCCUUUUAUUAGUUCCUCUGGGAAAUUGCCACCAAUUCUUGUUGUAAAUGUGCAGAUUCCACUCUACCCUGCCACACUUUUUCAAGGUGAAACUGAUGGGGAUGGAAUGAGUUUUGUGUUGUACUUUAAACUUUCCGAAGGUUACUCAAAGGAACUUCCUCUGCAUCUUCAAGAAAGCAUCAGAAAGCUGAUGGAUGAUGAAGUUGAAAAGGUGAAGGGUUUUCCUGUCGAUACAAUCGCCCCAUUCCGGGAAAGGUUGAAGAUAUUAGGCCGUGUCGUCAACCUCGAAGACCUUCAUUUGAGUGCAGCAGAAAGGAAGCUUAUGCAUGCCUACAACGAAAAACCGGUUCUUUCGCGACCCCAGCAUGAGUUUUACUCAGGAGAGAAUUACUUUGAGAUUGAUCUGGAUAUGCAUAGAUUUAGUUACAUCUCUAGGAAAGGCUUUGAAGCUUUCUUGGACAGAUUAAAAAUCUGCACUUUAGAUGUUGGUCUCACAAUUCAGGGGAACAAAGCAGAGGAAUUGCCAGAACAAGUUUUAUGUUGUGUUAGAUUAAACGGCAUUGACUACAUGAAUUACCAUCAAUUGGGACUAACUCAAGAUCCCCUCUAACUACAACAACAUUAGAAAAGAGCAUUUUGUAAAUCCUUAGUAUUAUUAUUAUUUAAUAUGAUUAAUGAUUAAUAAUAAUUGGUCAUUUGAAGAUGUGUUAUUUGUUUC